AUGACUCAUCCAUUAUUAAAUAGCAUUUUUUCUGAAACCCAUAAAGAGCUUCAAACAUUGCAACAAGAUUUUUCUUGUUUUCAAACACAUUUUGUAACUAUUGACAGCAACCUUUCUAAAUUAAAUUUAGAAAUUAAUGACGAAAUUUUAGACGAGAUAGAAGCAGAGAAUAGCGAUAAUUUAGAUGAUAUUGAAAUAGAACUCUUGGGCGAAAAAAUCAAACAAAAUAACAAAGAAUGUUUCAAAAAAAAUAUAAUUGAAACAUCAUGUUGUCAAAAUAAUUGUUUAAAAGAUAAAAUUGAUACCGAAAGAGCUUUUUUGAGAAAUUCAAAUUUUGAAAGUUUAUCAAAAAGUAAUCAAAAUUCUUUUUUAAUAGGUUAUCUUGUCGGUAGUUCAGGAUCACAACAUGUAACAGUAAAAAAUCCAAAAAAAGGUGCCAAACUAAGUCCAGCAACUACUCCACUUCCUGGUUUAAGUGCAGCUCGGCAAUGGUAUCUAUUUGAUGAAAUAUGA